AUGGGAAGCAAGAAACAGCCUGCCCAGCCCCUCCAGAGACCAAUCACUUGUGAGGACGUAGCAGUGUCUUUCACCAACGAAGAAUGGGCAUGUCUGACUGAGAAACAGAAGAUCCUUUACCGGAAAGUGCAGUCAGAAACCUUUAAGAACCUGGCAUUUGUAGGAAGCAAGAAGAGGAGUUCUCAAGAUCCUAGCUCAAAUCUGGAAGAUGAAGAGAACAAUGUUAAAGAGAAGGGCUCUCUUGCUUGUACAGGGAUGUUCAAAGGUGGACCACUCUAUUUCUGCCUGACCUGUGGCAGAUGUUACAAAAAGUACAUCAACCUCUUUAAUCACCAGUUUAAGGCCCAGAAGACUACUAGCCACAAAGCCGUGGGCUCCAAGCCUCAGCAUCGUAAAGAGAGGACUUUCUCUUGCCAGCUCUGUAACAAGAUCUACCGCGAUCCUUCUGGACUGAGCCGGCACCGACGCACUCAUUUAGGUUAUAGGCCCAGUUCAUGCUCUGUGUGUGGAAAACGCUUCCGGGAUCAGUCUGAGGUCAAACGCCACAUGAAGGUACACGAAAACAGGAAGCCAGGGACUGGCAACCAGGAGCAUGAGGUGAAGAAGGUUCCACUUGAAACAGCUGGAUCCCAGGGUCCCAACGUCAGGCAUCGGAAAGUGAUCCAAGGACCAGUGGGCAGACCAGUGGCCAGGGCUAAGGCAAGCUGCAACAGAGACUCAUCUCUGAAUGUCAGAUCCAGCUCUGUUCCAGUAAAAUGCUCAAGAAAAAACAUCCAUUGCCCCUAUUGUUUGAUAGGUUUUACCAAGAGGACUUGCUUCUUAACCCACCUCAAAGUCCACUUCACAAAUGAGCCCGACCAAUACCUCCAUCACAGAGAGUCCUCCCACUCAUCCGUGGUGGUAGGUUCCCAAAAGAACACCCACAGGAAGCAGGAUAUCUACUGUUGCCCUGUCUGCGACGUCCUCUUUAGGGAAAAGGAAAGCCUGCUGGAUCACAUGUGCUGUAAAGAACCAGGUAGAUCCAUUAAGUGCUGGGAAAUCCUGGGUCAUUUGCUUGCCUUUCUUGACCCUUUGAAGCCAGGAAAUAUUUCAAAAGUAAAGGAGAGUCCUUGGAAAAAAAUGAAAUCUAGGAAGACAAGAUGA